AUGGUUGUAGCUGACUGUACCGCGAGUAUAAAAAUUGGACAAGCACUUGCAGAGAUGGCGGACUUGGAUUGCUGCAUUGUUCUUGCGAACAAGAAGCCUCUCACCAGCUCGUUUAAAGUUUACGAUAGGAUUGCGGCACUGAAUCGACGUUAUCGCUGUGAAUCAACAGUCGGUGCUGCUAUGCCAGUCAUAGCAACUUUGAACCGUCUGCUAAAUUCCGGAGAUUCGAUCAAGAAAAUUGUUGGUGCUCUCAGUGGCACUCUUGGCUUUGUAAUGAGUCGGUUGGAGUAUGGUGAAUCGUUUAGUGAUAUUGUGAGACAAGCGAAAGAGCUUGGUUACACCGAGCCAGACCCUCGUGACGAUCUUGGCGGUAUGGACGUAGCAAGGAAGUUUUAUAUAAUGGCUCGACUAAUGGGAUGGAGAAUAAACUUAGAGGAUGUGGAGGUUGAGUGCUUACAUCCGCCAAGUCUGGCUCCCAAACUGAUGAGCACCACGCAAUUUCUAAACGAAGGACUAGCCGAACUCGACUUGCCAAUGAGAAACCGUGUGAAAGAAGCAGCUGCUAGGGGUUGUGUUCUACGAUAUCUUACCAAAAACCUGUCCUUUGCUUACAGUUGCAAAGUGGGAAUUGUAGAGCAGCCUCAGCAGUCCGCUCUCGGUCAGCUGCAUGGAAGCGAUAAUCUGGUCGAGAUUUUCACGCGCUGUUAUUCGACUUCGCCUCUUGUUAUUAAGGGAGCCGGGGCAGGCAAUGAUACUACAGCCGCUGGUGUGUUAGCGGACGUUUUGGACCUCCAAGACUAUUUUGGCUAGGGAGAGAACGUAGGAGACA